AACACUAUUGUAUCCAGUACUAUGGAGAUGGACAGCUAAGCCUCUGGAGUUUGAGUUCAACAACCGAUCGCUCUGAUCGGUGAUUGGUCAGACUGCUGAGACCGGCAGCCAAUCGGAAUGCAGUGCCGGCAAUGGCUCAUCAGCACUUGAUGACGGCAGCAAAAGGUCGUCAGAGCCGCGACUUUAGAGGAGGUUGCCGAGGAGAGCGGAACGGUGCUACCACCGGCUACAGUGCUGCCCUGGGAAGUGGUGUCAUAAAAGGCGAGAGCGCGAACGGUGGCCGUCACCCGUUUGGCUCCAAUGAUGCUGUCGCAGAUUCUACUGUACCUGUGUCUGCAUUUGGUGAUUUAUUUUCCGGAUACUUACGUCAUCGGAUCACCAACAUGGCAGCCUUCCCAGUCGCUGUCAACGAAAUAUGGACAGGGCUGGCGGCGGCCGCGGGCGGUGUUUCCAGCCCCUCCAGGAGGUACUGUACCUGCACCGACAGCUCCCAGCGCUGUCCCGGUCCGGCCGCCCGCUCCCCCCAUAGAGACCCUCCCUAUAGGACCGCCAGCGCCGCCUCCCGGUCUGGUGCUGGGCCCACCAGCGCCGCCGCCGGGAGCCACCCUUUCGGCGACCGGCGCCGCUCGGGCGCUGCUUCCGCCGGAGUUCGAGACGAGGCGGAGUAGAAGAGCGGCUCAGGGGGCGUACCCGUGCACCUGCCGACCUCACCCUUACGAAUGUAGCUGCAGGGUGGGCCAGCACCGCGUUCCCCAGACUGCCCGACGUCUCCCUCCGGCCCCGCCCACGGGCCCGCCCAGCCCUCCCGGGACGCGUCCGGCACCGCCAGCUCCGCCGACGGCAGCGCCACCUGCACCGCCGACCAUAGCGCCACCUGCGCCGCCGGGACCAGGCUCUACACUCCCGGCACCGGCGGCACACAGCGUGCGGGCUGCAGACAUCAGCUGCAUCCGGUCAGCGAGCGAGGAGCUGCUGACCGCCACCCUGCUGAUGGACGGAGCACCGAUCGCGCCGCCGCUGAUCGACCAGCGGCCCGACAUUAACCUGCUGACAUCAGCGCGGUGCUCGCUGAAAUCAGCCGUGGGAGACUGGCCGUCGCUGAGGCUGACCGUCAGGGAGUUUGGGGCCUGCGGAGUGGAGGAGUGUGUGAAGGGAGAGCGCUGGCUCUGCGUCACUGUGCGGUUCCCGAGACUGGCUGGUCUGCGUCUUCUGGAGGAUAGCGUGGUCCGGCUCCGCUGUCUGCCCAAAGAGCGCAGACACGCCCUCGAGAAGCAGCUCACCCUGCAGGCGCCGAGGCUGGACCGCUUACCAAUAGCGUCCUACUCUGGGGCGACGGAGGCCUCCGAGUCCGGCCUCCCCGAAUUUGACGUUCAGCUACUGCACCGCGGUCGGGGCCAGUUCCGGUUCACACCGGUCCACACCGGUUACGACAGCGUGCACCUGGGCGACGAGAUGGAACUGAGAACGACCGUCAGAGACAGAGACGGCUGGCGGUACAGCCGUCUGACGGGACUGGUACUGGAGCGUGUACCGCCCGAUGGCGAGGUACAACCCAGCGACAUUGUACCGCUGGUGCUCAGCGACGGGUGUGCCAACCGAGAGUACAAGCUACUGGCACCUGAGAACCCUUCGUGGUUUGAGAAUGAUCCUCUGGUGGUCCGGUUCUCGUUCCGGGCAUUCUCCUUCCAGGGAGUGACCUCGGAUGACCUGAUCAGGGUCACAGUCCGGAUUGCCGCCUGCAGAUACUACGAGCCCGACUGUAGACCACCGGUCUGUGGGCCCGGCACCUCUACACGAGUGAGGCGCAGCGUAGAUUCGGAGCCAGCAGCGCUGAGUAGCAGCCGCCAGUCCCACUUCCGGGUGGUGGCACACGCCGUGGGGGAAGAGUUGCCGAUAAGCUCGCCUGUUGGUCUCGAAUUCUUCUAUCCAGCGGCUCUUCUGGCAUUAUCUGCUGUUCUCGCCCUGUCAACCUUUGUUUCGCUGCUGUUGACGCUAGCCACGAUGCGUAACACCCUCAAGAGCUUGAGAGAGGCUUUUUUGAAACCUCGCUUCAGAAAUGAUUUUGAAGUGCUUGAAGAAAAGUGUAAAUAAUAUGAUCGUCGCUUGUGGCUGUAAGAAUGGCAUUAUGCAAUGAUGUUUGUGUGUUUCAUUACUUGUUUUAUUACGUCUGUUUUUGUAAACGUAGAAUGCGGGAGGCGCUUUUAUGCGUGUGUGACAAGUGUGUGAUAUUUACUUUCAAUAGCUUGUAUUGGCUGUAAUGAAUUAAUAACUAAAA